AUGACCCACAUUCCCUUUACUUCCCGUCUGGCUUCGCUCAUUGGUCUCCCCUCCAACCCUUCGCCAAAGCAAGACGGGACAGAUGAUUAUUAUAUUCCAUACACUGGUACAUACGAAAUGCCACCUUCUGUAUCCACACAGCACGUCCACUCUCAGGCCCAUGCGCGUGGACACGCACAUACUCUCUCCGGCAGCACAAAGACAAACCAUUCCAUCGCCUCUCAUCCUUAUAAUCCAGCCUAUCAUCUCUCGCAGAUCACCGCGACGACCGCGACGUUUGCAGAAGAACCGCUGGAUCGAGGAAGACAGCGUAAACCGCGUCCGAUUAGCAAUUCCUCGUCCUUUGCGGCCCUAUCGCCCUCGAGCGAACACCUCGCGCACUAUCCGUCUACAAAACCUCUGCCCACUGCCUCGUAUCCUACGCCAGCGCCGACUUCUUCGCGCCGACCCGUUCUGGGCACAUCCUUCAUCGCCCUCGAUGGUGGCUUUAUCGGACAGAGCCCCGUCGCGUCUGUCUCCACUCGAGAGGGGAGAGAUACAUGGAAGAGUGACAAGGCGCCGCAUCGAUCCAGUCUCGCAAGCUUUAUGACUUUUGGCCAGUCGAGAAAGUCGGUCACGUCUGCGACCAUGCCCCUAAGCGCACAAUCUACGUCGUUUCCCCACGGUGCAUCCAAGUUGCGUGGGGAAAGCAGGAGAGAACGCGAAGAGGAUAGCGAUGGAAACUCUCCUUCGUUUAUUCAGCCCGUCCUCCCUGCAUUUCUCCGUCAGCGGAGCCAGAGUUAUGUGGAUGAAACGGAGCAAAGUGUGGAGAGAAAGAGGAGAGAAGAGGAAGAACAGCGACGCCGAGAGCGGCCAGAUGAAGAUGGCCGACGCUCUGUUCGGGUCAUGGCACCCACGUCCUUUUUCGAUACAUCUCCAUUCGAAGAAAGACCACCUCAUCAGACCUCUUAUCGCACCAACCCACCAGUGGCGUUGACUCCGUUUCCACGCCAGCCACACCCAUAUCAUCAGCAUUAUCAGCCAGCAUCUACUUUUGGAGAUUCGCAGGGCGUGAAUCUCGCAUCCCCAGUCAAUCCUUCGUUUGAUUUUCCUCAUCCAUACGCCAUUUCCGCUCCAGAUACCGCACCUCGACCCUCGAGGUCGGAUUCUAUGCGAGGACCCCUGGCGCCUAGGCUCGUCUUUCCUUCAUCACACCCCAUUUCUGUAGAACCAAGCCCAGUCGAGCCCUCUACCCAUCAACCCUUUCCAUUUAUCAAUCCGUUUGCAUCGGAGCUGGGCCCCACUUUGCAGCAACAACAACAACAGCAUACAUCGUCUCAGCCUACCAGUCGGCCUGCGACACCAAAGAACCGCCUCCGGGCAUUGGCAUCCGACAAGCUCAAGACGCUCAAGGGCAGCAUCUCUACGCCCAAUCUUCGGGCCGUUGCGCGUGCGCAGCAAGCUGUACCCGCAGGGAACCAACCUUUGAAUGCUACUUCACGGAACCGAGCACCUGUCCCUCCGCACCCCAUUGCAGGCACAUCGAAUUGGGCGCCGCCUACAGUCGUCCUGCAGGGCCAAACGAUUUGCGACACAUUCAUCUUUCCUCGACCUCGGUUUCAUGCACAUCAGAUUAGUCCACCGGAUACACCGCCUGGUCCAACACCCAGUCGUACUCCCGUCGAACCGUCACCACAAGCGCGCGGCUCUGUUUCUGGGCCUGUUGAACCAGCUCGGGGAAGCUCAUGGCAAGAUCAACGACGCGCGACGACGACGGCGCUCUUCGACACGCCGAAGCCCCGCAUCCUAGCGCGGGGCGUUGCCAAAAAGGCGAGCGCCCCUGAUCUUCGAACUUCGGAGAAGCGACCUUCUUUGAAGAACAUGCGAGGAAUGUCAGAGGCGGAAAAGGCGAUAUUACGUGGAGAAGCGCUGCAAAAGGAGAGGCAAGAGUGGGCGUCGGUCGCGCGCAAGAGUUUUCAGAAUUCGCGGAGUAGGAGUCUGAGUCGGACGCGGACAAAGUCGAUUGCCAAAGCGGCAAAUGAUGCUAUUACGUCUGCGAGUGUCAGUGCUGCUGCCGAGGAGCAAGAGCGUGAGCGGGCGAGAAGAAUGGCGGCGAUGCAGCCCACGUCGUCGUCGGUCGCGCACACUGCACCUGGAUCGGCUCCACCUACAGCCACUUCGUCUGCGGGAGGACAUCCUACCAAGGAGGAGGGACAUGCUCGGUCCAAGGAGAGGAGUUUGAAUGUCCAAAGCAGUAUCGACUAUCUCGCGCAACGUGCGUUUGCGCAGGGACAUGUGGCCGUCGUUUCGACGUCUUCGUUGCACCACCAUGGACGACAACCCUCUGGCGACACGACGAUCAAUAAAGGGGAUAAUGCCCACGGGGUACGCCGGAGCGAAUCUUGGGGCCGUUCGGCGCUCAAGCGGGCCAAGAAUGCGUGUAUCGAUCCAGAGGCAGUCAGUCCUGGUGUCGAAAAGGUAUUUGCGCCCGACGUUCCGAGGCCUGCAAUUUCGACGGUUCCUUCGCUCGCGUCGUCCAUUUUGGAUAUCACCGUCCCCCGACGUGACGAGGAUCUUGCAGUAGAGGAGGAAGAGCCGACUUCAUCUGCUGUCGGUGUCGCGAUUGGGACACCGCCCAUCCCUUCACUGCUCACCACGACGCCAUCCAGGAUUGAACACCCGUAUGCUACGCCCAUUAGCUCACCCACGCGCCCAUACGUGGGUCCCCAUCCUGCUUCACCAGUCCUUACGGCAUUGCCACCUCACUCUCUCAACGACGUCGCGACUAGACAUAGACUGCCUCCUCAUGCUGUUGUAUCCCCUCCCCGUUCUCCUCAGUUGGCGCCCUCGAUUGCUGGUCUCGAUCACUACCUCCCUGCUCCUCCGACAGCUCACCAAGAGACGCUUUCGCGAGAAUCCUGGCUCGUGUAUAUGAACGCGAUGGAACCUGGCCAGGAUCGCCUCUCUCCCGUCGAAGAGAGAUCAACAAGCAAAACCAUGUCUCCGGUGGAUGACUAUGAACGACAAGAGGUUCCCGAAGACAUUGAGACGCAGCGGAAUAGUCCAGACAUGCGUCUCGACGAGGCGUCGCCCCUCCGAACUCGGGUCGUGUCUCCGGAUCUGGAAGCAGAGCUCACCAAGGCGUUUCAACGACACAGUACAGCAAGUGUUUCCGAAUCGGAGAAUGAGUAUGCGGAUCUUACGUUUCAAGCGGGCGCGACGUUGACCCGACUGCUCAGUUCGCGAUCCGUGACGGCGACGCCUCGACCGUCCGUCUUGCGGGCCUUGAGCAACAGAUUGGCAACGGAAAAGGUGACUGCUGGGACUGAAAAGACCGCAAAUCCUACCGACAAUCCAGAAUUAUUGCAAGUCGCGCUACCGCGCCAGGCGUCGUCCAUUGUACGCAGCCCCCUUGUAGAGGAGCGUCCAGUGUCUCGGGACAGUGACGCGCUCACUGGCUCUGGUCAGGAUGGGUCCUGGAGAAAGUCGACCAUUUCCUCUGAAGGUGGUGCCGCCCAGUCGCAAGAGUCGAGUCCAAAGGCCAGCCCGCGUGCCUUGCUCAAUCUGGACGAUUUGGAGGGGUACAGUGACCUGUUUUACAAUGCUGGUCAGGGCAAUUCAACGAGUCGGCCACGGUCGAGUAGCAGCUUCAAGACGAACAAUUCUGGAGACCGAACACGACGGGUCGAUGUCAUCACUUUUGGAUCCAAGUCGAGCGAUACACCUAGUUUGGCGGAGCAGAUCCUUUCAACGCCACAACCUCCGCGCAUGUCGUCUGGAAUCCUGUGGGCUCCUACCCAAUCUUCCGCGGGUGAGCCCAGCGGUGCUCGUUGGCAGCGUAAUCCGAUGACGGAGCUUGAAGUAAGAAAGACGUGGGAUCCAGAAGAGGAUGAUGAACCGUAUAGCAUCGUCAAUCCUCGUCUGCCCAUGCUCCCGAGGUCGAUUGUACCGAUUCGUCGGCACUCUACGAAACUGUCCGUCAUCGAGGGCUCAAUUGACGACCAUGCGACUGCCUCCGAGUCGACGGCAGAGGAUCGAGAGAGCGUGUCGGCUUCGUCGCCCAUUCGACCUGGCUUUAGGGAGGAUCAAGGGGCCAUUCAUUCUUCUGGCACGUUGCCGACUGUUCACCACAAGCUCCACGUUCCUUCUCAAACGCAUCGCCGAGCCACUUCGUCAGAAAGGGCAGUCGCUCCCGAGGGAUUCGCACGCACGAGCUUUAUGACGAGCACGUCUGGGCAGUCGCGAAUGUCCAACCUGUCCGAUUUUCCCGUUCCACCUGUAGAGACGGCCGACUUUACGCUCACGCCUUCCAACGUGCUCAGCAUGGAUUAUUUCCCACCACGGCUUACAUCUCCGACGCCCGUUUCGCCACUCUCGGCCGAACCCGGUUCUCCAACCGCAGACGAUGUGGAGAAUGCGUCUGAUUCGGAUGGAGAGCGCGGCAACGGCGACGACUCGCGACGGUCUUCGAGUCAUCGCGCCUUUCGAGAGAAUCGCUCGACAUUUGGACCGGAUACGGAUGUCGCGAGAGAAUGGGCUCAGCAUCAGCGACAGCUCGACGACCGCUCGCCCACGCCGACGACAGAGGAGAGGUGA